AUGUCCUCGAUCAAACAGGUGCAGGACCUAGAGAAGCAGAUGGAACGCCUCAGGCGGGACAAUACCAACUUGAAGAGAGCGCUCCAGGAGCGAGACGGUGCGAUGGACGUAGAUCCGGAUGGUCUUGAUCAGUUUCCCCUUCAGCUACCGGAGCUAGGAGCAGAUAUCAAGCGAAGGAAGCGGCCAGCCCCUAUUCACGACUUGGCGCGGGCAAGAUCGAACAUGCGCAUUUUCUCCAAAGGCAUCUGGAAAGCACCUGCUCAGUACCGCCAGGCACCUUCGACGCCAUUGUUCGACCCUCAGAGACCUGAUUUGCCUCCCAGGCAGACGAUUGAUCAGCUCCUACACACGUACUACGGCUCUGCGCACACCAUGUUUCCUAUCCUUCAUUGGCCAACGUUUCAGAUGGGAGUCGAGGACCUCUACAGAAUCGGCAACACGAAAACCGUGCAGCCGGCAUGGUUAUCGACAUUCUUCGCGGCUCUGGCACUCGGCAGCCUCUUCAGUCAGGAUCCCCAUCGCGCAUUUCGGGCGGCAGAACUGCUGGAAGUUGCCAGGGGCAUGAUCGACCCUUGGAACAACGACUACGUCCUCGACAAUGUACGCGCGCUGCUUCUCGUUACUCUUUGUCUGAACGAGAUGAACCAGAAGUCAGCUGCCUGGACGUGGCUGGGCACGGCAGUACGAGCUGGACAAGACUUGGGACUCUACUCGGAAUCCGGACCGUGGCCUGUGAUUGAAGGCGAAAUGCGACGGCGAGUAUGGUGGACGAUCUAUAUCCUGGACAGGAGUCUAGCUCUCGACCUUGGGCGGCCAGUGUUGAUCGACGACACUGACUGCGACGUGUCGCUCCCUGCCCCGGUGGACGACCAUUACAUUCACGAAGGAGGCAUUAUGGUUCCUCCAGGCCGCGAGCCCCUGAAUCACUCUCUCUUGGCUGUGAUUAACGUUGUCAGGUCAUACUCUUCUUUGAUCAAGACACUGGCUGCCCCGAUUGUGGUACCCACAAGGCUCGCAACCUUCGAGACGCACUUCAACUCUUGCCAUGCACAAUUCCCUCAAGUGUGCGACACAGCCAGUACAGGGCAAAUAUCGCCUCACCUCCUGACGCCCUACAACUACCUUCUCCACGCUCGUCUCGCAUUACACCGCCACAACCUGGCUCCGACCUGCCCGUCCGAUGUACGUCUUGCUGCCAUAGAGCAGUGCACUCACAUUGCUCUUGAAACAGCAUCGCUCCUCUCGCGUGCGACCCCGACCCUUGCAGACGGCGCUACUGCCCUCCUCACUACCCACACCUUCCGCUGUACCCUCUUCCUCCUUUUGGCAGGAUACUGGGACCAUGCAACGACGUGUCUGCGUGCUCUAGCGACCAUAGACUCGAAACGUGAUGUUGCCAUCCCCUGUGGACGGUUCCUCGCCUUCUUCAUAUCUACACUAGGCACAAAGCGCACCGAAUAUGCGGCAUUUGUUGCCCGCACGACGCCUCCGAAACCUUUCGCCCCGCCUCCUCCUCCCCAUGGCCGUUCCGGACCUACCCCGCUGCAAGAGGCUCUGUUGCAGGACGAAGAGCUCCUGGCAUACGUCAGCGCCGAUCUGCAGGCGGCGCCAGACUCGGCCUGGGUCUGGGCUGGCGGGGAGCGCGAGGCCAUCCUCUCCCCGACCUCCCCCGGAUCGAUUACAGCUUCUGGCGGUGCCAGUAGUGGGCUUUUCAGCGCUGAGCAAAGAACUGGCUUGAGCGAGGAGGAAGUCAAAGAGUGGGGAGGAUGGGAUCGCCUUGAGGCGGCCUUGCGGGGGCUUGCCUCGGGCAACACGACGCCCACGCCGACAUCCGCGACUUGGACGUCUGCUCUUCCCGCCGGGAUCAAGACCGAGGGCACGCCGACGUUGCCGAGCAUAAUGCCGGGCCCCGGCGAAGGCAGCAGCACCAACAGCCCGACAACGAGCACCAAGGGCCGGCCCCAGGACAGGUUGAGCAUCGCAAACAUCAUCUAA